UGGAGAAGAAGGGUGGCGACGCGGCCUCAGCAGGGUCGGAGGCGAGGAGUGCGGGAGUGCACGGGGAAUGGCGUACGGGCGGAGGCGAGGCGGGCUGCUUCCGCCUCCGCCUCCGCUGCUUUCUUCUGAGAGACGCGGACGCGGACGCGGAGGACGAGGCGGCGGUGGAGGGGUUCAGGGAGCGGCACGCGGGGAGCGAGAGGGUGGUGUACACGGAGAGGAUGGUGGAGGACGGGGAGGGCACGGCGGGGGUGAUGCGGGGGAUGAGCGAGAAGUUCGACCUGGUGGUGGUGGGGAGGGGCGGCAGGGAGGACGAGUCGGGGCUCACCAGCGGGCUGUCCGAGUGGAGCGAGUGCCCCGAGCUCGGCGUCGUCGGCGACAUGCUCGCCUCCACCGACUUCGGCGGCAAGCUCUCCAUCCUCGUCGUCCAGCAGCAGGAGCGCCUCCGAUCCGAACACCAUCAUCAUACUAAUGGGCCUCAGGAAGAGGAGGUGAAGAAUGUUUUGAUCCACGGACCACGAAAUGAAGUAUUGAAUUUGGUAAUGCACCUCUUGUUGCAAUCUGAGAACGCCCACAGCGCACCAAUUUUUCGCAUUGUUUCCGCCGACGACGACGAGCUCCGCCACGACCUCGCCGCGCUCCUCUCCCGGCGCGACCUCGACCCCGCCCUGUGCCGCGCCACGCUCUCGCGGCUGCCCCCGCGGCGCCUCGAGGCGCUCCUCCUCGAGCUCCGCCCCGCGCUCCGCCCCAAGCCCGCGCUCCGCCUCUUCUCCUUGGCCGCCGAUCGCCUCGGCUUCCGCUUCACCCCGCGCUCCUACGCCCUCCUCCUCGACUCCCUCCUCCGAUCCGAUCCCCGCGCCCCGGCCGCCCCCGCGCGCCUCCUCCUCGCCCGCCUCCUCGACCCCGUCAAUGGUGCCCCCCUCCUCCUCCUCGACGGGAACGACGACCCCUCGCGGCGUUUCACCGAGCUGGUUCGGGCCAUCGCCGAUACCGUCCCCCCCCAGGACGCACCCUUCGCGGCUUCGAUCGACGCCUUGGUCCACGUUUGUUGCACGCAGUUUAGGUCGUACGGCCAAGGGCUCGCUGUGGAGGCCCUCUCUAUAUUAGCCGAUCGCGGGCUUUGCCCUAGUCUCAAAGUGUGUAACAUUCUAUUGUCCUCGCUCGCGAGGAGCAACGAUCUUCCAAAUGCCCGCCAAGUGUUCGAUGGAAUGCAGAGGUUUGUAGCUCCCGAUGUUUACUCCUACACUCCUCUGAUUGUUGUAAAUUGCAAAAAUAGCGAAAUUGAUGAGGCAAAGAGGUUGUUUUCGGAGAUGGAGAGGUUGGGAGUUCUCCCCUCUGUCGUCGCCUACAAUGCACUCAUUGAUGGGCUCUGCAAGAAAGGUUUUUUGGAUGAGGCAUUUCAGUUCAAAGAGAAGAUGAUUAAGAGCUCGGUGGAGCCGAGUGUUGUUACGUUCGGCAUCCUGAUCAAUGGGUUGGUUAAAUUGAAUCAAAUUAGUGAUGUAGGUUCCGUUCUGAAGGAGAUGGUGGGUAUGGGUAUGGAGCCGAAUGAGGUUAUCUACAACACUCUCAUUGAUUGGCAUUGUAAGAUGUAUCAGUGCGCAGAGGCUCUUAAGUUGCUAGAUGAGAUGGUUUCUAAAGGUAUGGAGCCGAACUCAGUCACGUACAACUCACUUGCGAAAGGGUUGUGUAAGGCAGGAGAGAUGGAGCAAGCAGAAUAUUAUUUUGAUGAAAUGUUGUCGAACAGGAUGGAGAUACAU